AUGGCUUCGUCUUCAUCAAACCUGUUUGCAUCUCAGCUCCAACAACAACAGCAACCUGCUUCUGCUCAACAACAAGAGAAACCGGCUCUCACAGAACCUAUAAAACCUUGUUUGAUUCCAUACGCAUAUUUAGAAGUUCUCUGUGAACUCAUGGUAGAUUUUGAAAAUCUUCAAGCGCGUAACUUCAACAUCAAGACGAACAUGUUAGUUCAAGGCUGGGCAAACUACUUUGAUCGUCUCAUUGGACCAGUUUACCCUGAUUUAGUAAAGGAUUUUUGGUCUCAUGCUACCCUAACCCCCAACACCAUUAUCUCCUUUGUCUUAGGGAAAGAGAUUUCAAUUACUGAGAAUCUCAUAAGGAAGUUAUUGAAUCUCCAAGGCUUGGGUGGAGUAACUGGCGCUAUUCCUGGAAGAAUAGAUUGGGAAACAGUUUACCCAAAAAUCUUUACAUCUGGUAAAGGUUCACCAAACACCAAGGAUCUGAAGACUUCAUACAGAGUUUGGGCUAAGAUCAUUCUAGGAACUAUCAACCAUAGAAAAUCAACUGUUUCUACAACCUAUAUAAAUCAAGACCAGCAGUUCCUUCUGUACUGCAUUGGAAAGGGUAUGAGAGUUGAUUUACCUCACAUUAUGUUCCAUCAUCUAAGGACUCAUGUGAAGGAAUCAAGAGAAGCAGAACGUCUGAAGUAUCCUAAGAUCAAGAAGAACACCAUUCCUAUGGGAAGGCUGAUAUCAGACAUUCUGAAUGAGAGUGGUCUGAUUGAUGUUCUAAAAGAAGCUGGGUCAGUUAAAGAUCUGAUUACUGUUAGUGGGAGUACUCUGACUGCCCAUACUCUGAGGAGAAUGCAAUUAAUUGGAAAGGUCCUUUCUCCUCCAACUGUGGUAAAUUAUAUUCUGGUAAGAAGAAUUCCAGUUGUUGAUUUCCAGUUGUUCCUCAAGGAAGAACUUUUAGACUCUGUCCUUUUCUAUCUGGAAUCUUGUGUAAGAGACAAGUCAGAAUUUGAUCCUGCUUGGUUUCGUGGAAGAAUUCUUCCAACUCUGGAUGAACUAAUCAAAAGGGAUAAGAAGAAAAUAGAGAAGAAGAAGAGAAAGACUGUUGGAAAAGGUCCUGCUACAAAGAAAGCUAAGAAGCAGAAGAAACCUUCAGGUAUUACUAUUUCUGAUUCUGUACAUAUUAAUAGUUCUAAACAAGUAUCAACAGUUGAUCCUCUCUCUCAAAAUCCCUAG